GGAGAGAAGCGAUCGCGAGAAAAAAAAAAUGCAACCUCCCAAAAUAAAGAGCAAAGAUUGCAUUAGGAGCGAACAGCGCUGCAGAAAUAGAUGGCAGCUUCGUGUCAGUGAGUUUGCAUCCCCCUUCCUGAUCCACGAGCUGGAGUGAUUAGAGCCCUGGAAGGGAAUUGUUACUCCCGUGGAGAAGUCCCCUUUUCCUGGCAGCCGUCUGCACUGUACACGCUGGAUGCUUCUCUCCAUCCACCCCACUCACUCUCUCCUCUCUCACCUCCUCUCUCCCUCUCUCCUGCAUUGAUUUUUUUUUUUCCUUUUUAGUUGACUGAAACAAAACAAAACAAAAGGGCCACUGGAUGUCUGCCUUCUUGGGGGGUGAGCCAGACAGACUGACAAACAAACAGACCCAACUGUGUUCGGGGGAGGGUUUCUCCUCCCGUUUUGCCCGGCAGCAGCAGCAUGGACGUGUUGGCUAGUUAUAGUAUAUUCCAGGAGCUACAACUUGUCCACGACACCGGCUACUUCUCAGCUUUGCCAUCCCUGGAGGAGACCUGGCAGCAGACAUGCCUUGAGUUGGAACGCUACCUACAGACAGAGCCCAGGAGGAUCUCCGAGACCUUCGGUGAGGACCUGGACUGUUUCCUCCAUGCUUCCCCUCCCCCGUGCAUUGAGGAGAGCUUCCGGCGCCUGGACCCCCUGCUGCUCCCUGUGGAAGCGGCCAUCUGCGAGAAGAGCUCGGCAGUGGACAUUUUGCUCUCUCGGGACAAGUUGCUCUCUGAGACCUGCCUCAGCCUCCAGCCAACCAGCUCUUCUCUAGACAGCUACACAGCCGUCAACCAGGCCCAGCUCAACGCAGUGACCUCAUUAACACCCCCCUCGUCCCCAGAGCUCAGCCGCCAUCUGGUCAAAACCUCACAGACUCUUUCAGCCGUGGAUGGCACGGUGACGUUGAAACUGGUGGCCAAGAAGGCUGCGCUCAGCUCAGUGAAGGUGGGAGGGGUGGCAACAGCAGCGGCAGCCGUGGCAGCAGCUGGGACAGUUAAGAGUGGACAGAGCGACAGUGAACAAGGAGGGGUAGGGGCUGAGGCUUGCCCCGAAAACAAGAAGAGGGUUCACCGCUGUCAGUUUAACGGGUGCCGGAAAGUUUAUACAAAAAGCUCCCACUUAAAGGCCCACCAGAGGACUCACACAGGUGAGAAGCCUUAUAAGUGCUCAUGGGAAGGGUGUGAGUGGCGUUUUGCACGAAGCGAUGAGCUCACGAGGCACUACAGGAAACACACAGGUGCAAAGCCCUUUAAAUGCAACCACUGCGACAGGUGUUUUUCCAGGUCUGAUCAUCUUGCCCUCCACAUGAAGAGACAUAUCUAAAAAACCUAAAGGCCAGAGUUGCCAUGGCAUCGGCCGUUGUCUGAAGGAAAUGUCAUGAGGCAGGGGACUGGACUUCAGGCGGGGACCCAUUGCCUCGCAGAAGAAAGUUCUCACUUAUAAACCUCUGUGCGCGCACACACACACACACACACACACACACACACACACACACACACCACAUGCUCAAAUGCACAGACCCCCCCCACAAACACACUGUCCUGCACUCAGCUAUAUUUAAAAUAUAUACAUCUAUUCUUUAUGCCUUGCCCUAGCCAGAUGGUAGAAGACGAAGAAAAAGGAAACCAGGUGAACUCAGCAAGGCAGACCGCUGCUCACUUCAGCACUAUUGGAAUUAUUUCCCGCUGUUGCCAAUGGAAAUCAAAGAAAAUGGAUGUGACGUCUCUGCAGGUGGACGGCAGUAAGAGGGGCUUAUUUAACUUGCUUCUCGAUGCAACUUGAUAGGAGAGUACAACGUCUUAAAGUUGCAUAUGUGUAGCACUAAUGUUUCUUUUUAAAUAGUUGGGGGAAAAUGACCUAGAAAACCAAAUUGCAGUUUGGUAGCCAAAAUUAACUCUUGGUUUAUUUGUCCUUUGUGUGUGAAAAGUCCUACUAGUCCAUGCGUCCGACUUCCUCAAAGAACUGUUGAUCAGUUUGGUUCUUCUUAGUACCGUUGAGAUCUUUCCAGUCGAUACCAACGGCCUUAGCGGCGGCAGACUCUGGAAUAACACCUUACACCUUUCUGGCCUGCAUUUCUCUAGACUUCACUCUUAAGGGAGUUUUCUUUUCUUACUUUUUGACUCUUGCACACCAUAUGCACUAGGGAUUCUGGAAACUUCUAGCAUGACUGCAAAGUGGCCAAGAGAAUAAAGUCCUUGAUGAUAAAUCACAGUCUAUCCCUUGAGCCUCACCUUAUUGCCAGUGCUAGAUUUUUUCUUUUUAAUCUCUCUGUUUUUGCUAAUGAAAACUUGAAAAGCUUAUUUGGAAGCUUAAAUGUUUUAUCUUUUCUCCAUGGACUAAACCUCUCCAGGACUCUGUCAGCACCUGGAUGUCCAGCUCUCGAAGCAGCCAAUCAGAUGGGACAUCACAGUUCUCUCAUCCCCUUGAGGCACCAUGACCUCAGCUCAUAGUGAUCAACCCAGUGCAGUGUGUCAUUGCUACCCUGUCACCAGUUUCAGCAUAGAUGUCGUAGUGUGAAAGGGCAGCUGCAUAUUGAACCUAACUCUGGGUUAGGACCUGACAAAAAGCCAAAAAUAUCACUCUUUCCAGGAGUGGGGAAAACUGAGGAUGCUUCCCAAGUUCAAAAUCAUCAUCCUAUCUUCCUCUCUCAUACCCACUGAGCUCACGUUACCCCACUUGUUAAAACACACCAUUCAAAAUGCCAUUGUGGGAAUGAAGGGUGAACAUUUAAGGAAAAGGUUGAGAUGGUUCUCCCGUGGUCUGUCUAAAAGGAGAGACAUAUUUCUAAUUUUCUUUUUUUUCUGGCUAGACCAUCUUGACUGGUGACCUAGAGCACCCAGGAUGAACAGAGGGGUUUACAUUCCUUACUUCUGAUCCCCCACACACAUCUACCCGCAUUUUUAGCUAGCUGGCACUGGCCUCAACUCCAAAGACUGCCUUUAGGACCAUUAAAUGGCCUAUGCAAGCAAGCGGGGUGGUUAUUAGGACAGAUUGUAUAUUUUGUAUAUUCUGGGACCAUCCCUUCAAGACACGUCUAAAAAACAAAAAUGGCAUUUGGUCCGCACACGGUUGCUGCUCCUUCAUACCAGCCGGCUUCCCUCCUACCCUCCUUUGACUGUUUGACUCAUUGACUGUUAAAAUGCCACCCCAUACCUAUUUGGGAUGCAAAACUGAAGUCUUUAAAAGGAAAUAAUAAUAUAAGAACCACAAAUACGUUUGUGACAGCAACCUUCAAGAUCCUUGGCAUUUGGUUUCUGAGCUUUCUGCAACCUUUGAUUUCACUGAAAUGUUGAAACUACUCGUCUGAGGGUAAAGGAGCCUACUUGUCACAAAUGCUGUAGCUGCCAAUUGGACACGUGGGGCAUCCUGAGGUCUGGCCCUUAAACUUUUCUUUCUCUUUUUUCCUUUUUUCCAUUUAGACCAAAAAAGACAAAAUAAUAAUACUAAAAUGAUACACAAAAAAAACAAAAACAUACCAACAACAAAAAACCACCCUAAAACACAUACAAAACCUGCCCAUUUGCCGGAGGCAAUUAUGUAUAUGUCAGUAGGAGGGUAUUUUAAAAAAUCAGUUUUAUUCCAAAGAUUUAAAACUAUACAUGACUUAGAAACAAUUUCUGGAGCACUGCUUGCUGACAAUCUCAUAGUUCUCUACUGCAUUUGAGUGCAUUUUGUGGCCAGUCCAUCAGGGCGUACCAUGGAAUUAUAUUUGAAUGUGUGGUGCAUCCUUUCUGGAUGAAGGAUGUAUGAGGGACCUUGAACCUCAGCUGUAUUAAACUGUAGCACCUCCAGUCAGUGCACUAGAUGAAACUUUAGACACCCCAGAUUUUGUUGGUUCGUUGAUUUCCCUUUCUGUAGCAGCCUCCAGCAUGAAUGCACGCACACACCAGUGAUGGCAUUAGCCGUGGCUGCCAUGAUUUAUAAAUGUUCUCUCCCCAGCUGGAGCUGCUCUUGCCUCUCGAAAUGCUAUUAUUAAGGGGUUAUAAUACUUAAUUUAAUUUUUGAACUGACCAAUGCAAGGCUCUAUUAAAAAGAAAGUGAAAAGAAAAAAAGAAUGCAAAAGAGUAAUCAUUGCUUGUUUGCUCCCUGUUACCAUCUGUGGUCUUGAAAAGAUCUCAUUUGAAUGUGGUGGAACAAAGGCCCUUUGGUCUUCAUGUGUCUGAACGGUUCGGUAAUUCCUCUCUUUUGUAUCAGUGAGGUCCUUUGUAAUUUGCUCCUGACUUUUCUCAGAGUAGGGUGCGCUCCACUGUGAUGGUGGGGAUUGCUUGCUUCAGAGUCAUUCGUUGACGGUGAGAAUUGGCCUGAGAAUUUGGUGGGUGCUAAGUGUAUGGCUUUGAAACUGUUCUUCUCUAGCCCGGCUGACACCUGUAAAUAAUAAAUAACCAGUCCUAUCCAUGGGAGUGGGGUAACUCCAAUCAUUUUGGAAACGGAUUUAUGGUAAAAUGUCCAUCAUCUCCCAAAUGGCAGAGAUGGUUGGUAAAGAGCCUGCUGGAGUGAACAGGCUUUCCAAGAAUUAACAUGAAAAUAUUUUGCUCCCAAGAGGACAGGUUAUUUAAAACAGUGCUUUAAUGGACAUUGGAAACACGUUAAACUGCUUUCUCCUUUAAAUUGUUACCUCCUAACCUUCCAGGGGAUCCCAAAUUUGAAAGGAAAAACCUGGCCUGGAGUUUCUCGUGGCUGUCCUCUCAAGCACACUGUAUCCAGGGUUCAGAAUGUGAUGUAUAGAACAAGAGUGUUUCUAAGCCAUUGACAAUUUUCUUUAUUUCAAGUUGUGCUUUUUUCUCCUACCACCUGGCUGUAAGUCAGAGACGUGGAAACCUGAAAUUAUAUGCUGCCCCCAGUGACUGGCCCCCUGCCCCACUCACGGUUAAUUGGCCCAACUUAAUGCCUGGUGGUGACGAUUGUUACGUCCAGGAAAAAAAGAGAUGUUCGGAUUCCAUGACAAAGCUGCAUUUUAUAAACAUACUGGAGACCCCAAAAUGAACUUCAUGCUGACCAUUUCCUUCUCCUCUGUACGUGCUUUCCCUUGCAAAGCCCUUCAGAUGCCCCGUCUCUUCCCCUUCUGCACCUCUUGUGCCCUUUUUACAUCUUUGAUUGCCUGAUUCUAACAGGGUAAAAAGACAGCCAACCUCACACAUGAUUAGCAGAACUGAUUCCUAUUUUUAAAAAAUCUUCUUUGAAUCUAGAAGCCAGAGAAGGUUUUUUUUUAAGGACUUUCGUUUGGGAUAAACUUCCAGAUUAGCCAUGUCUGUGUACAUCAAAGGGGAAAUAAAUGAGACUUUCAGGGAGGCUCAUCCAGUGCGCUCAGAGCAUUCUGCCUGUAGCCCCCACUCCUGAAUUCCGUGACAAAGUCAAGAGACAUCCACUCAAGUGGCAAGAACAACAACAUCCGAGUGAUUCGCUUUAUUGGUUCAAAAUGGUUUCCUCUAUGGAGAUCACUUUUUCAAACCUAAAAUACAGUGCAAAGUGCUUUUGUCUCGCCUGAGUUGGUUUUAAGAGAAGGAAGAAGGUAGGGAAAGUCAGGGAGAUACAACACAUUUAACUACGAAAAUCUGGCUCAUUGUUUCUUUUUUUUUUUUAAUCUGAUAAAGGCCAGCAUGUCUGGCCACAAUUUUGCACCCCAAUCUUUGCCAGAGUGACAAUUUAUUAAGUAGAACUUGGUUGCAAUGUACGUGCGGCAGCUUUCCCUGGCAUCUUCCAGAAGUGGCCACCUGCCAAGCGUGGGGUGGAGGCCGGAGGAGAGAAUUCGCAUUCUGGGUCUGGAUUGAAUUUCGGCAAACAUGGUGAUAUCUCGGUUUGAAAACUAGAGAGGCUGGCCUGAGUACACAUCAGUGCCUCCUUGAUGGCCUACUUUCCUCAGUGAGAAUCUUUGGGAAUAUUUGAGAGGGAACAACAAAAAUGUGUCCCAGGAAGCAAAAACUGCUUCUCAGUGUGAGAUCCCAUGACUAACUGCCUGAGGCUUCAGGGUUUUCUCUUGCUUUUAACACUCUCUUAAACCUCCUCUGUUGGUUUCUAAUAGAUCCCAGAAAAGGGGAUAAUAAAGCUGCAACUCACUUUCUUACGUGCACCCUUCCGAUCCAGUACUGUAUUCUUCAGGUGUUUUGCAUUUAAGUGUAAACCCUCGGGACACAGGUAUCAAAAAUGGAGAGAGAAAUUCUAGGCCAUCGCUUCACAAAUAUCCCAAACAAGAUACUCUUUCCAAACAGGGCUCCCUCUCAGCCGUCAUGAGGGAAGGUUAAUACGUUCUUUGUUGGGGACUGUUUAUACAAUUUUUUUUCAACUGUGAGCUUUGGAAUCGUAAAUUGCUUUGACUCCAGCUUCUGUCUACUGCCAUAAAAUGGACCCCACGUCAGAAUAAUGAGGGUGGUAUGUGUGCGCACACCUAGACAUGUGCGUACGUACCUACUGUACCUUCGCAGAAGGAAAACAGGCUACUGACGUUUAAGAGGAGUAGCCACCAGUGCCUAAUAUCUUUUUGGGGGGAUGGAUGCUUAUAAUUGCCAGUAUAUUGAAACCACACUGGGAGUUCCACAUACAGGGGAGGGGCUGCGGGUGGGAAGAGGGGACAUUUUAAUCCUAGGCCUUUGGACCAGAGACAGAAUCAUUUCUGCAAAUCUAGGUCCUGAGAGGCUUUUGAGCUCAUUGGCUAGUUCUCAACCUUUUUUUUUCCCCCAGUAUGCAUUUUCUAUCUAUACCCAGACUUAGUUUAAUUUCCUUAUCUUUCACUUCUGCUUCAUUCCAGGGAGGAAAAGUACACCUGUUAUGGCCAAGAUCUCCUUGCUAACACAGAGGCAAAAACAAAUGUUUAAUAUUUUUGAAGCCUCCCCUUCCUUUCCACCAUUCUCCCCGAACUCCUCUCUUGCCACCCCCCCACUCCCACCACACAACUUCCCAGCCACCACCACUUUUCUUUUAAAUCUCUAUUAUCCUCUUCACAGUUGGCUUGAAGAAAUUUAUUUUUGCACUAUACAUUUUCUUUUUGCCAGAUGUGUCUAACAAGUGUGUUUGGAGAGACCUACUCCCAGCCCCCUCCCCUGCCCCCACCUCCCCGGUCACAUUCUCUCAGGCCUUCUCUGGUAUUUAUAAUAUAUCACAGAAGUACCCAGUCUUAUAGCCCUCGGUUAUGCCUUUUUUUGACAUUUUAUUUUUUUUAAGCUUUUUAUAUAUAUAUAUAUAAAUAUAUUACUUUGUCAAGUUUUUUUGCUGUACAAAAGUCUUAAGAUUUAAAACUAUUAUUUGUAUUAUAUGAUGGUGGUAUGUUAAUGUUACAAAAUUAUUAAUGAAGAAAAAAUUUAUUUUU